UUAUUCUGUUUUUUGGUUUCUCACUUCUUCUGUCUCUUGAUGUGAAAGAAGAAACGUUUCAGUACAUGCAAAGUUUAAAGGAUUUGAUUGUGACUGUUACUGAGUCAUGUCCUGGUCUGACGCCUGCAUUCACAUUACAGGAACUAUUGAUUGGCAGAUUAAGAUUCAAGAGAUUUAAGACUUUAAACUCUGUUUGAGAGAAUCUUAUCAUCCAAAAUGUAAGUGAUUGACUCAUUUAACUGCAAAUUUAAAAAAUCGAUUUGUCAGUGAUGAUGCACAUUAUUAAUACAUUAUAUGAAGUGUAAUGAAUGUAAUGUUGGAUGAUUAUAUAAAUAAAUCAAUAAGAUAAUUUAGACUCAGACAUUAUAAAAAGAUAAAGGGACUAAGGUCAACUCAUCAGUUCAAGAAUAAUGCUCUCCACAACCUUCAGAAAAGUGAUUGACUGGGGAGAGUUAGACUAAGUACAUUUAAAACCCACAUGGCUAAAGACCUGAUAUGACAUGUUUAUUUGCAGACAGAAAAUUAGCUUUGAAAGCGUUUCAUCUAGUAGUUAAAUCCAAUGUCAGUAAGAAAUUGCCAGAUAAAGUAGGAGAGGCUGGCUCACUAAUGUGUGAGCUUUUAACAUAACAGAGAAACUAUGAAUUGCAUUAGUUAAUAUUAAAAGGGUAUCAGUCUUAAAAACAUAUGUGAUGUAACAAAAAGGGAACUGAAAAAAAGACGCCACAAGUUGAAACAGCCUAACGGAUAUUGCAGAUGUAUGUUGAACAAAUGUUCCUUGUUACUGUCGCCCUUUGUUGUUGUGUUCAGUGUGGUUUACCUGUUCCUGACAGACCCACGCCAUUCUAACUUGCGUGCUUAAACCCAACGGGGGGGGGGGACUUGCAGACUUCAGGAAGUAAAGCAGUAGAGUGGGGAUCUUUAGCUUCAGGCCAAACAUUUCAACAACAUUUCCAGCCACUGACAGACGCUAAUAUCGCUGUAAAUGGGGGAGGGAUUGAAUCUUCAGUGUAAUCACACAUUAUACAAGUUAUACAUUUAUUUGUCUGUUCACACCACUAUUGACUUUAUUCUGUUUAUUGGCUAUUAAAAUCUUUGGUAUUUUUGCUAGCAAUGUAGCUCUAACGAUUGGCAUUGUUGGUCAGUCGGCCGCUUUAGUUCAUCUUGAAAUAUCAGAUUAUUUUUAGCAUUAUUAGGUCAACAUUUUAAUUUAGCCAAUACUAACACCCUAAACUAAGAUGGUGAACAUUGUCAUGAGCAUGUUAGCAUUGUCAUUGUUAGAAUGGUAGGAUUUAGCUGGGCCAAAGUACAACCUCACAGAACUACCUUAUUCUGACUCUUGUUAACUUUGAUCUGAUCUGAUCACCUGAUUAAAGUUGCAAAAGAGAAUUUUGUUUCUGUGUGUGAUGACACUAAAACGUUAUCUCUCUGUCUGACUGUGUCUCUUUGUGGUGAUGGUUUCAGUGCUGUAGCAAUCAAAUCCAGACUCCAGAUAUGUUUACUUUUGUCUUGGACUUCGACUGUAUUUGCACUCAGACUUGGGUCCAACAAUAUACUUUUUUUGUCUGAACUCCCUCCUCCAAAACACAACCACUGAUGAAGUGCGCUUGUUGAGGAAACAGGUACUGGUUUGAGUCAAAAUCUGCUAAAUCAGUAAAAACAUGCUUGUUUUUCUGUCUCUCUCAUUUGGACCCAGUCUGGACUAGUCCUGGUCUUGGUCCUUUUGACUACUGCGCCGGAUGUUGGCUAUACUGACGCUAAUGAUGCUGACAGCAGAGCUUUUCUUUCGUGCCAUCGAAAGAGGAAGCUUUGCCGCCAGCUGAGCAUGUUCACAUGCUCCAGAGCUCAGCCUCGCACUGUGAGGAGAAGAGCACUGAGCUCCGAUGAUGGACGUCUACCAGGAGGCUGUGAAUUAUCUGGAGACAGAGCAUGUACCAGUUGUAGUUGAAGCAGAGGCUGAUGUCCUGGAGGAGGAUGUGUUCCAGGAGGAGGCAGUGUCCUGUUACCUUUCUCCUCUCCACUCCGAGAGCUUAGAUUUCCCUGACACCCCUACGUCGUGCAGCCCGGAGGAAAUGUUGGAGAGGAGGCUUGUGGUCCUGAAAGGCAUCCUGGAGAGUGAGGAGGUUUAUCUCCGAGAGCUGGAGGCCCUGCUGAUGCCCAUGAAGGCUCUGCGAGCCUCAGCCGGGACCUCCCAGCCAGUCCUGUCCAGUUGUCAGGUCCAGACUGUUUUCUACCAGGUGCCCGAACUCAGAGACUUGCACCAGAGCUUCUACUCUGGCCUGAAGGCCCGGCUCAGUGCGCAGUGCCAGACUGAAUCCAGCACUGGUGGGGAGAGAGAGACGAGUCACACAGGCUUUGAGUUGAUGGUGGGAGAUCUGUUUCUCAAAAUGGUGAACCAGAUCGGUCUGUACGGUGGUUUCAUUGGAAACUAUGAGAAAGCUGUUGAAGUUGUUCACAAGUGCACACAGUCAGAUCCUCGGUUCCGAACCUUGGCCGAGAGCAUGAUGUCUAAUAAUAACGGCUCAGACAAAACUCGGACCACAUACACAUUUGAAGCUCUACUAUACAAACCUCUGGACAGAGUAACCAAGACCACACUAGUGCUGCGUGAUGUCCUGAAGACAACACCAGUGGAGCACGGAGAUUACUCAUCCUUACAGGAAGCUCUGAGAUUGUCUCGCAGCUUCCUGUCUGGUGUCAACGAGAGUUCACAGAGCAAACGAGAGGUCACGCUCAGUCACGGAAUGAGACGUCAGCUGAUGCGUGAUGGCUUUGUGGUGGAUGCGAGUGAGGGGGAACGCAGCCUGCGUCAUCUCUUCCUUUACACGGACCUCCUGCUGUGCACCAGAUUCAAACAUGCAAGCAGAGGGAAGCACGACCAGUACAGGUUCUGCUGGUAUCUGCCCCUCGCAGGUCUCAAACUUCGCUGGGUUACGGAGCAGGAACGUUCAGACACACAGAUUCGCGUACACACCAUGAGAGCGAAGAUGUAUUUCCUCCGACAACAGAUACAGCAACACAAAGCAAAGGGGUCCAAGGCCAUGGCAGCUCUGGCAGCUCGCCACAGGAAGAAACUGGAGCAAAUGGAGUUGAUGCUGAUGGUACACUCCCCUGUUUACAGACUGGACCUGCACAGCCCCAGUGGCAAGACUCACAGUUUCCUCCUCUCCUCCCUGUAUGAACUUGAAGAAUGGAGGGAAGCCAUCCACAAACUCACCACAGACAACAUAGAAACCGUCCCUCCUGACCUGCUCACCCUCACCUGUGCGUGUGGGAAACUGAGAAUGACCCAGCAGCCUCCACUACACAGCUCAAACCCCGUAGAGGACGAGGAGUCUUUAUGUGGGACUCUGACUGUGGCGAUCCACUCUGCCUGCGGCCUGCAGCAACCGGCCUGUGUGUAUGUUUGUGUGGAAGUGGAUGGCAACGCAUUUUACGAGAAACAAACCCAGACACGUUCGUCAGUCCACAGCCUCAACCCACACUGGGACCAGGAGCUGUCUCUCCAGGUGGACGGGGCACAGAACCUGAGGGUGCUCUGUGUCAGUCAGUCUGAUGGACAGGAUGAUACUGUGCUGGGCAAAGCUUCUGUGACGUUGGACUCUAAAACCCUGAAUAAGCGUUGGAGGAGACAGACUCUACACCUUGGCCAGGUGGAGGUGACUCUCUCCCUGAAGUACUCCCAUCACCCACUAGACCCACCCAGCUCCAUGGCCCAACAACAACAACCGGUCUUCUGUGUCCCCAUUGGAACUGCGGCUCAACAGGAGGGAGUUCUCGUCCCCCAUGUGGUGCGCUGCUGCGUGGAGGAGGUGGAGAGGAGAGGCAUGAACGAGGUGGGCAUUUACAGGGUUUCGGGAACCGCCAGUGACAUCGGCGUGCUCAAGACUGUGUUCAACAGCAAUCUGCGUGAAGCUGUAACCAGGCUGAGAAGUGUCGAAAUUAAUGCCGUCUCUGGUGUUCUCAAACUGUACUUCCGAGAGCUGCCGGAGCCUCUUAUACCCACUGAGCUGUUUCAGAGCCUGGCCAGGACGCUGGACAUCCAGGACAUCAACGCCCGGCUUGUCUCCAUGUUGUCCCUGCUGCAGUCCUGUCCUGACCCCAACCGCCACACCUUCCUGUACAUCCUGCACCACCUGCAACGAGUCUCUGAGAAACAAGACAUCAACAAGAUGUCUCUGAUGAACCUGGCUACGGUGUUUGGUCCAAGCCUCUUACGCCCCCCAGUGGUCGGACUGGGUCACGACGGCCCCACUGUGGAUAUCUCUCAGGAGGUGGUGGUACAGGUCCAAGUGGUUUUCUGGUACCUGAAGUGCAACAACCUCCCUGAAGCCGAGACCUCUCUGCAACAUGCAACAGACGCUGAAGAUGAGACCACCCACAUGUGAGACCACCAUCAGUGUCACGGCUGGCAGGAAAUUAACAUAUACUGUGUGUAAAGGUCUGUAAGACAAAAAGAGGUAUUUAUUGAUUAAAAACAAUGACUUAUGA